CUUGUACAGGAAUGGAACGAUAUGAAUCUACGUUGGAAUACUUCCGAUUAUGGCGGUGUAAAAGAUUUACGUAUACCGCCGCAUCGGAUAUGGAAACCGGAUGUGCUUAUGUACAAUAGCGCCGAUGAAGGUUUCGAUGGCACAUAUCAAACGAAUGUAGUCGUACGCAAUAAUGGUUCGUGCCUGUAUGUGCCGCCGGGCAUUUUCAAGUCAACAUGCAAAAUCGACAUUACGUGGUUUCCUUUCGAUGAUCAACGCUGCGAAAUGAAAUUUGGCAGCUGGACUUAUGAUGGAUUUCAGCUGGAUUUGCAAUUACAAGAUGAAACUGGCGGUGAUAUCAGCAGUUACGUGCUCAACGGCGAGUGGGAACUACUGGGUGUUCCUGGUAAACGUAAUGAAAUUUAUUAUAAUUGCUGCCCCGAGCCUUACAUUGAUAUCACCUUCGCUAUCAUCAUAAGACGACGGACAUUGUAUUAUUUUUUUAAUUUGAUUAUUCCGUGCGUAUUGAUUGCAUCGAUGGCAUUAUUAGGCUUCACACUACCACCGGAUUCGGGAGAAAAAUUGUCAUUGGGCGUUACGAUUUUGCUUUCGUUGACUGUCUUUCUAAACAUGGUGGCAGAAACAAUGCCGGCCACAUCCGAUGCAGUACCUCUUUUAGGUACAUAUUUCAAUUGCAUAAUGUUUAUGGUAGCUUCAUCCGUUGUGUCAACGAUUUUAAUAUUAAAUUAUCAUCAUCGAAAUGCUGAUACGCACGAAAUGUCCGAAUGGAUACGGAUCGUAUUUUUAUGCUGGCUACCAUGGUUACUGCGUAUGAGUCGUCCUGGUAGACCACUUAUAUUGGAGUUUCCCACAACACCGUGUUCGGACACUUCAUCAGAACGAAAACAUCAAAUUUUGUCAGAUGUAGAAUUGAAAGAAAGGUCAUCAAAAUCAUUGCUAGCCAAUGUACUCGAUAUCGAUGAUGAUUUUCGACACAGUUGUCGCCCGAUGACACCAGGCGGCACGCUACCACAUAAUCCAGCAUUUUAUCGCACUGUUUAUGGUCAAGGAGAUGACGGCAGUAUCGGACCAAUUGGAAGCACACGUAUGCCCGAUGCCGUCACACAUCACACAUGUAUAAAAUCAUCAACGGAAUAUGAAUUAGGUUUAAUAUUAAAGGAAAUUCGCUUUAUAACCGAUCAGCUACGUAAAGAAGACGAGGAGAAUGACAUUGCCAAUGAUUGGAAAUUUGCAGCUAUGGUCGUUGACAGACUGUGCCUUAUCAUAUUCACAAUGUUCACAAUAUUAGCCACAAUAGCUGUACUACUAUCAGCACCACAUAUUAUUGUCUCGUAG